GCGAAAUAAAACUAAACAGCUGUUUAGCUAAUAUCGUUUAUUUGCAAAAAAUCACGAUUUUUUACAAUUUUAUAAAAUAAUUAAAAUUUAUUAAUUAAAGUUUAUAUAAAACAUAAAAAUAAGUUAUGUCUAGUCGCUGGUAUCCCAUUUAUCAACGUGGCAAUCCACAAUUACGUGUUUUCCUACCCAAUUUUUGGAUGAAACUGAUACGUCCACUAGAGGAACAACCAAAAAACGUCGCCACAUUUUCCGUCUCGAUGGAAAUGACAAAAUACGAUGUUAAAAAUUAUUUAGAGAAAAUAUACAAAAUUCCUGUUGUAGAUGUGCGAACCCGUAUUGAAUUGGGAUCUACAAAACGUGAUACAACUUAUGGCUAUGUUACCAAAAAUGAUGAUAUGAAAAUAGCUUAUGUAACUAUGCCUAAAACAAUGGAAUUUACCUUCCCCGAUUUAUUUGCUAAAAAGGCGGAGACCAAAAAGAGCGACGAGAAGGCAUUGGAUGAUUCAAAGAAGGGCUUUAGAGAUUUUCUGGAACGCAAUAAAAAGAGACCUGGUACACCAGGAUGGUAUUCAAUUUAGUUAGGUUGAUAUUUGUUAAUAAAAUUUAAAAAAAAAAUCCAAAAA